GUACACAAAGAUUGGCUAUGCUGGAAACACAGAGCCACAGUUCAUCAUGCCCUCCUGUGUUGCCAUCAAGGAGUCAGCCAGUGUGGGAGAACAGGCUCAGAGGAGGCUCGUACGAGGAGUUGAGGACCUCGACUUCUACAUCGGAGAUGAAGCUGUAGACAAACCCAAUUAUGCAACCAAGUGGCCUAUCCGUCAUGGGAUGGUGGAGGACUGGGAUCUGAUGGAGAAGUUUAUGGAGCAGAUCAUUUUCAAAUACCUUCGAGCUGAGCCUGAAGACCACAGCUUCCUCAUGACUGAACCUCCUCUCAACACUCCAGAGAACAGAGAGUACCUGGCAGAGAUCAUGUUUGAGACCUUCAACAUACCUGGACUCUACAUCGCAGUGCAGGCUGUGUUGGCGUUGGCGGCGUCCUGGACGUCUCGGCAGGUGGGACAGAGAACUCUGACCGGCAUUGUCAUCGACAGCGGAGACGGAGUCACACACGCCAUCCCUGUGGCUGAGGGCUACGUGAUUGGCAGUUGUAUAAAGCACAUCCCCAUCGCGGGGCGGGACAUCACCUUCUUCAUCCAACAGCUGCUCAGAGACAGAGAGGUUGGGAUUCCUCCAGAGCAGUCGCUGGAGACCGCCAAGGCUGUAAAGGAGCGGUACUGUUACAUCUGCCCGGACAUUGUCAAAGAGUUCACAAAGUACGACUCUGACCCGGGGAAAUGGAUCAAACAGUACCGUGGAGUCAACACUGUCAGUAAGACUGCCUUCCACAUCGACGUAGGCUACGAGCGCUUCCUGGGCCCUGAGAUCUUCUUCCACCCUGAGUUUGCUAACCCAGACUUUAUGCAGCCUAUCUCUGAUGUCGUUGAUGAGGUCAUUCAGAACUGUCCAAUCGAUGUGAGGAGACCGCUCUACAAGAACAUCGUGCUCUCUGGAGGAUCCACCAUGUUCAGAGACUUUGGGCGGCGGCUGCAGAGAGACCUGAAGAGAGUCGUGGACGCUCGACUGAAACUGAGUGAAGAACUAAGUGGAGGACGGAUAAAGCCGAAGCCGAUGGAGGUUCAGGUCGUCACACAUCACAUGCAGCGCUACGCCGUCUGGUUCGGAGGCUCCAUGUUGGCGUCCACGCCGGAGUUCCUCCAGGUGUGUCACUCUAAGAAGGACUACGAUGAGAUUGGCCCCAGCAUCUGUCGACACAACCCGGUGUUCGGCAUCAUGUCCUGACGGCAGCGGCAGCUACAGACGGCUAGCCUGUUAGCCUGCUACAUUGUUAGCCUGUUGCCCACUAGAUAGUCAGCCAGCUAGCUAGCUAGCCCGUUAGCCUAUGGGCUUUGCAGCUUGCUGGCCUGUUCACCUGCUAUCUGCUCGCCACCAGCCUGUUUAUCUCUUGCCCCAUUCAGUUUUUAGCUUUGUAGGCUACUACACUGUUAGCAGGCUAGCUCAGCCUCGUCAAGCACAUGGAAGUCUGAGGAAACUGGAGCACAAACGUCAGAUUUCUGUGAACUCUGAAAAUAAACUGUGGCAUUGUUUUAUUUUAAACUUUGACCACAGAGGUCUUGUUUCUUUCUCAUCCAAAGAACAACCAAAGAAAACAGCAUUUAAAAGGUGGCGUGAGGAUUUCUCCAGAACCCGAGAUGAGGUCUAGCUAGCUGCUAGCCUGUUAGCCAUACUCAAAAAUGUAGUCCUGCUGAGAAUGUUUGAGCUUUUGGCCUGACGGAAGAUUUUCUUUCUGAGCCGUUUAAAAAAAAA